CUGAAAUAAUAAAAAGGAAAAAUUCAAAAGACUUCCCCUUUAGUCUACCAACAGUCACCAGAGCUCAAAAAUAUCACCUUUCUUCAAGAAAGUUUCAAUUAUAUUUGUUUUAUCACAUACAUUUAUAUCUGUGUCGUUUUCUUUUUUCUUGAUUUCUUGCUCUUGUCGCCCAAUUCUUGGUUUUUCUUAUCCGAUUUUCUGCUUGUUCUAAUGGGUCUUACUUAGUCUAGUAAACAACUGCAGUUCCCAAGAUUCUUAAUCUUUUCAAGUUUUGCUUCUGAAUUCUGAUUCUAGCUUUCAUUUUCUCAAGCCUCAGUUGAGCAGGAAAAAUUAGGUUUCUGUUCAUGGGAAGUUUGUGUUUUUACGGUGGGGCUCAAAUUAGCAUAUAAAGAUGGGUGUAUAUCUGAGCACUCCCAAAACAGAAAAAUCCUCAGAGGAUGGUGAGAGUGAUAGGCUCAGAUUUGGUUUGUCAUCCAUGCAAGGUUGGCGCGCAACGAUGGAAGAUGCUCAUGCUGCAUUACCUGAUUUGGAUGCUUCCACUUCGUUCUUUGGUGUUUAUGAUGGCCAUGGAGGUAAAGUAGUUGCAAAGUUCUGUGCCAAGUUUCUUCAUCAGCAGGUUCUUAGGAGUGAAGCAUAUGCAUCUGGAGAUAUUGGAAUUUCUUUGCAAAAAGCAUUUUUCAGAAUGGAUGACAUGAUGCGAGGACAAAGAGGAUGGCGGGAAUUGGCUGUUUUGGGCGACAAAAUAAACAAGUUUACUGGCAUGAUAGAAGGGUUGAUAUGGUCUCCAAGGGGUGGUGACAGUACUGACCAACCUGACGAUUGGGCUUUUGAAGAGGGCCCACACUCUGAUUUUGCGGGACCAACUUCUGGGUGCACAGCUUGUGUUGCUCUUAUUAGGAACAGCCAACUAGUGGUUGCAAAUGCUGGUGAUUCUAGAUGUGUCAUAUCUAGAAAGGGUCAGGCCUAUAAUCUAUCUAGGGAUCAUAAACCUGAUCUUGAGGCUGAGAGAGACAGGAUUCUGAAGGCUGGUGGUUUUAUACAUGCAGGACGAGUGAAUGGCAGUUUAAAUCUUGCAAGAGCUAUAGGUGACAUGGAAUUCAAGCAGAACAAAUUUUUGCCUGCUGAAAAGCAAAUUGUAACAGCCAAUCCAGAUAUAAACAUUGUUGAGCUUUGCGAUGAUGAUGAAUUUAUGGUGUUAGCAUGUGAUGGAAUAUGGGACUGCUUGUCAAGCCAGCAACUAGUAGAUUUUAUUCAUGAACAACUAAAGACGGAAAGCAAGCUCUCUUUAGUGUGUGAGAGAGUACUUGAUAGGUGUUUGGCACCAUCAACAGCAAGCGGUGAAGGAUGCGACAACAUGACAAUGAUCUUGGUGCAGUUCAAGAAACCUAUCCAUCACACUGCUUCUGCAGACGAGCAAUCCUCACACUCUGAAUCUGCAGAAGCUGAAUCUAGAGCAGAAGAAAAUGAAUUGAAGUAGCUGCUGUGCGCUGUUGAUACCUCAGAUACAUUUGUGCAGCUCUUUGACUGAAGGAAUGUACAAUGAGGGUCCCCCUAUUUUCUUGAAAAGUUGGGUCCUCGUAUCUGUUUGUAGAAAAAUUCCAUAAUGCUGGUGUGUGCUUUUAUGUUUGAACCACAUUAUCACAUUAUAUAACAUGUAUAGCUCUUUGUUUA